UGUGCCAUCACCUGCUCCAGUGAAAAUAUUUAGUUUUAACAACAGUAUAAGGCACUUUAUUUAUGAGUACUGACAUGGGGUGUUUCGUCCCCUGUACGUGAGGUGGGAGGUGUCGCGCGCGUCCAGUCCCGUGCUGAUGAGCGCCAGGGUCCACUAAUGUCCAUUACCACAGUGAGAGCUCGAGGGGAGGCGAGGAGACGGUUCCGAGUAUCCGCACCUGGUCCUGGGUAUCGUUGUAUCGCCUGUCUUAUUGAACAGCUGUCAAUCAGGUAGAAAGGCCAGCUCAGUGAACGUCUACGUCACCAUAAACAACUCAGGUGUAUAUGUGGUGUUAUGUGUAUGUACUUCAGUACUUUAAUUAACGUCGUCAUGACCUGGCCAUUCUGUUUAGCCCAAAAACAUGACGUACAACAUAGUCGGCACUAGACUAAUUUUCAUCCUUAUUCUAUUAGCAGUGACUGUAUCAACAGCCCCAAUGAAGUGUACCCCAUGCGCCAUAUACUGUUCCAUUGCUAACCCCGCAGUGACGGGGCCCAGUUGUUGGUCCUGUCAGUGUGAGCCGGCUGGAGAUUCAUCAUAUAAACCUUCAAACGCAAUGUGUGACUACGAAUAUUGUAAGUUAAAGUGUGGUGACCGUGGUUUUGAUAGAGACGUUGCUGGUUGUCCGAAUUGCCGGUGUCGUGCCUUAGUAAGGAUAAACUAUCCAAGCUGAUUCUCGAAACACUUCGCAUUCCACAAGGAAAAUGACUAUUGGACAAAAGGCAGUAUUAACCUGCAAUGUUUCACAGGUAGGACAUGUAUGGCACCUAUGGUUGUUGUAGCUGUUCGAGUUAGAGGUGGACUGUUUUCGAUUGUUGAGAGCGAAAGAAGAUAAGGGAACACGAGUCAUGGAUAUUAGAUGACAUUUCCAUGAAUGCUUUCCUUUUUAUCAUCAAUGUUUUGUUUUGGUUUUAAAAGUGCACCAGACGUUCAGUGUUCACGUGUUUAGGAUCACAUGAAUGGAUGUGGUAAAAUCAAUAAAAACAG